AUGGAACCAAGAGAUGUUGAUGUUACAUUUGGUAAUACAGCAUAUUUCACAUGUAGAGCAGAAGGUUCACCUGAUCCACAAAUUGUUUGGCUUCACAAUGAAAAUGAAAUAGAUGUUAAUCACAAUGGUAGAUAUAGUAUGUUAAAAGAUGGAACAUUGAUGAUCCAGGAUACUCAAGGAUCUGAUCAGGGAGUCUAUGAGUGUGUAGCAAGAAAUAUCGCAGGAGAAGCACGAGCUAAUAAAGUUGAACUUAGGUAUUUUGGAGAGCCUGAGCGACCAAGAUUUACUGUAGAACCACGAGAUCGAACUGUAGGAACUGGAGAAUCUGUGACGUUUUUAUGUGAAGCAUCUGGUAAUCCCAAACCUGAUAUUAGUUGGAGUAAAAAUGGUUUAGUUUUACCACCUAAUCCUAGGUUCACAUUACAACCUAGUGGUGCAUUAAACAUUAUAGAUAUCAAUGAAGUUGAUGCAGGAGUAUAUAGUUGUUCAGCUGCUAACAGUAUACAGACUAUCAGUACUCUUGCUAGACUCAUUAUACAAGGACAGUUGAUAAUCAAGAAUAUCAUAUUGGGUGAUACAGGAAGAUAUGAUUGUAUUGCUGAAAAUUCUGCUGGUAGAGCUACAAUGUCUAUUAAUCUUCUUGUACAUGUUGAUGAAAGAGAAAACAGACCAAUAGAUCGAACUAGAGACAGAUUAAUCAAUAGACCAAACUCAGCCAGUAUUCAACCAACUAACUUCCGUCCAUAUAUACCACCUGGUGGUAGAGAACGUCAAGACGAUAGACUUACGCGAUAUUAUCAACGUCAACGUCUCAAUCAAGUUCCCAGAUUCACACACAUACGAUCAGGUCACCAUGACAACAGACUUACACCUCCAGAAAUAGAGAGGGCCUUACAUCAAGCUACAAACAGAGUGAAUGCUGGGAUUAAUAGUACAUUGAUGUCAUUGUUUCAAUCGAACCAACAACAUUCUGUUCAAGAUCUAUUAUCAAUAUUCCGUUAUCCAGCUCCUGAAGCUCUAGAACUGGCCAGAGCUGAAGAAAUAUUUGAGCAGACACUAGAAAUUUUACACAUGCAUAUUAAUCAAGGUCACAUGUAUAAUUUAUCUUCAAAUGAUGAAAGUUACAGAGAAUUGGUAUCUCCACCACAUUUAGCUUUAAUAGCUAAUAUGUCUGGUUGUAGUCGAAGACCGUUAGAUACUGAUUGUACUAAUAUAUGUUUCCAUCGAAAAUAUAGAACAUUAAAUGGUAUCUGUAAUAAUUUUAAAAAUCCAACAUGGGGAGCAUCAAAUCAAGCCUUUACUCGUCUCUUACCACCAAUUUAUGAAAAUGGAUUUAAUACACCAGUUGGUUGGAAUAGAGGUAAGAUGUAUAAUGGAAUUCACCUACCAAGUCCACGAUUAAUAUCCUCCUUUAUGAUGUCCACUGAUCAUGUUACCAUGGAUGAAGAACACAGUCAUAUGUUGAUGCAAUGGGGACAAUUUAUAGAUCAUGAUUUAGACUUGGCACCUCAGUCUAUUAGUUUUGCUCGGUUUAGUGAUGGACAAAGAUGUAAUGAAACUUGUGACAAUGUCAGUCCUUGCUUUCCAAUUAAGGUUCCAAAUAGUGAUCAGAGAAUCAGGAAUAAUUGUCUUGGAUUUACAAGAACAAGUGGUACUUGUAACACUGGCACCACAUCCGUGUUCUUCAGUACUGUUGCUCCUCGGCAACAAAUCAAUGCUUUGACUGCUUUUAUUGAUGCUUCAAACGUGUAUGGUAAUGGUCCUGAUGAAGCCAAUUCUUUACGUGACUUAACAAAUGAACGUGGCUUACUACGUGUUGGUCCAAGUUUGAAUGGAAACAGGCUCUUACCUUUUGAUGAAGAUACAUUGAAUCAUGUAGAUUGUCAGUUGGAUGCCACCAAACGUCAUGUGCCAUGUUUCAAAGCUGGGGACCAUAGAGCAAAUGAACAUUUAGCCCUGACUGCCAUGCACACAUUAUUUAUGAGAGAACACAACCGUAUUGCUACAGCUUUAGAAGAGAUUAAUCCACAUUGGGAUGGAAACAAACUGUAUCAUGAAACAAGAAAGAUUUUAGGAGCUGUGUUGCAACAUAUUACCUAUGACAACUGGUUACCUAAAAUACUGGGUGAAAAGGGUAUGGCUAUGAUGGGAGAAUACAAUGGAUAUGAUCCAGAAACAAACCCUACUAUAGCUAAUGAAUUUGCUACAGCUGCCAUGCGUUUUGGACAUUCUUUAGUGCAACCUGUGAUAUUUAGGCUUAAUGAAACCUACGAACCUAUCCCAGAGGGCAAUCUUCCAUUACAUCGAGCUUUUUUUUCACCAUAUCGUAUCUUAGAAGAAGGUGGAAUUGACCCCUUACUUAGAGGACUUUAUGGUGUGUCUGCCAAGAAACGUAUGCCAGGAGAACUUCUUAAUUCAGAAUUAACAGAAAAACUGUUUUCAUUGGCAAAUUCUGUUGGUCAGGAUCUGGCAUCACUAAAUAUACAACGUGGUCGUGAUCAUGGAUUACCAUUUUAUGUAGACUAUAGAAAGUACUGUAAUCUUUCAACUGUGAAUAGCUUUGAAGAUUUAAUUUUUGACAUACAAGAUGCUGAUACUUUAGAGAAGCUACGAGCUGUUUAUUCACGCGUUGAAAAUAUAGAUUUAUUUGUGGGUGGUAUGAGUGAAACACCAAUGCCUGGUGCUAAAAUUGGUCCAACAUUUUUGUGUAUAUUAUCUGAUCAGUUUAGACGUUUACGUAGUGGUGACAGAUUCUGGUAUGAAAACAGUGGGGUAUUUAAAGCUGAACAGUUAAAUGAAAUAAAACAAAGCAGUCUAGCACGUGUUAUCUGUGAUAACAGUGAUGCUAUCAGAUCAUUACAACAUGAUAUAUUUUUAUUUAAAACUCAAGAAGAAAUGACAUCAUGUGAAAAUAUUCCAAAGAUAGAUUUAAGAAUGUGGACUGAUUGCUGUGAAGGUGAUGAACCUCCGACCACUGUGAACAAUGAAAUAAAAGAAGAUAUGUCAGCUCUCAGUGAUAGAUUAGAAGGUGUUGAAUCGGUCAUGGAACAGAUGUCCAAAACUAUUAAACAUCUUAAAAGAAAGAAAUAUUUGCAGAAACAAGUGAAAGGUAAAAAAGAUUUAACAUGUACAGACCCUGAUAAUCAACGUAGAAUUAAUGGAGAGAAAUGGAAUAUGGAAGGUUGUAAAAUAUGUCUUUGUAAUAGAGGUAAAAUUGUGUGUAUGGAACAAACAUGUCCUAAACUAUCUUGUGAAUCUCCUGUGAAAAUAGAGGGACAAUGUUGUCCAGUGUGUUCCUAA